AUUGGGUUUCGCUACCCAAGUAAACUAUAUAGACUUUUGUUUUCAAAAUCCUCCGAGUCCCAAUUCCCAAUUCUCCGUGGAAAAAGUUAUAAAGCACAAAUUGCGCUUAUCCCGCCCUUUUUCCAUUUACAAAAUUGAUCGGCGUCCGACUUCCGGUUAGGGUUUUGUCAACGCCGCCGACGUAAACGGGGAGCUGACUUGUUGGAUUUUCUUUUGCAAAUACAUACAUUCAUAGAGUUGCUAGAGUUGUUGUUCACAAGUUUUGCACUUCAAUUUUUUGUUUCCACGUCCACUCAAGCUUUUCGUUAUAGGAAACAUGGAGCCUACAACUCCAGUUCAAGUUAACUAUGCUUCACGUAAACCUCGGAUUCUGCUAGCUGCAAGUGGAAGUGUGGCAGCUAUCAAAUUUGCAAAUCUAUGUCAUUGCUUUUCUGAAUGGGCAGAUGUCAAAGCAGUUGCAACAAAAGCUUCUCUUCAAUUCAUAGACAAAGUGUCAUUUCCAAAAGACGUCGACCUUUAUACAGAUGAUCAUGAAUGGGCCGUUUGGAAGAAGGUAGGUGAUGGUGUGCUACACAUUGAGCUCCGUAGGUGGGCUGAUAUCAUGGUUAUUGCCCCUUUAUCAGCAAAUACGCUUGGAAAGAUUGCUGGUGGAUUGUGUGAUAACUUGCUGACCUGCAUUGUGCGAGCGUGGGACUAUAAGAAACCCUUUUUUGUGGCACCAGCCAUGAAUACAUUUAUGUGGUAUAACUCAUUCACAGAACGUCACCUUAUGACAAUUGACGAGCUUGGUAUCUCUCUUAUACCACCAGUAUCAACGAGGCUUGCCUCUGGAGAUUAUGCAAAUGGAGCGAUGGCAGAGCCUUCUCACAUCUUCUCAACUGUAAGACUCUUUGUAGAGUCCCGAUCACAACCGGGGGGGAGUAGAACCAUGUCAUGAUAUAUAUAUAUAUGGAUCAUGAAAAUUCUUUCACCAUUUCAUCCAAGGCAUAGAAAUUGCUGUUGAAAUUCGCCAAAAGGCUUGGCAUAUUGUUCUUCUCCCCUGCUGUCUUGUUUGUGUACUCGUUAGAGCUACUUGCCUUUUGGGUUCACUUUCAUUUUUGUGUGCAGAUACCAUGCAACUCCAAGUAGUAUUAGCUGCUAAAAGUGGACGUAAUCAUGGAACAACGUGUGCAAAAUAGACACAGCUUCUUGAUUAGCGUAGCGAAUGAUGAUUGAAACUCAAUCUAUUUGAGACUAGGUUUACUUGUACAAAUUGGUUGAUCUCAGGCUUAUUGUGCUAUAUUGAACUUUACUGCAUCCUCUACCAUGUUACUGAAGAUUAAUUGGGAAUAAUUGAGUGAUUUUAAAAGCUUUCACCUUA